GCGGUGGGAGGAGUCAAUAAAAAUUCGCAGCCCACAGGCCCACAACAGUCCGAUAUCUUUCUCUCGUCAAGCUCUGCCUGGCGGCUAAAACCUUGCCAUUGUUAGUACUUCGUAAACCCUAACCACGUCCUUGACCGGCAUUAACAGAUUCCUCUAUCGCUCUUGCUUCCGUCUUCUCCCUUCCCCUUCCGACUCCUCUCCAGUCAAGAUUGAAGGGUCGGUUAUAUAAAAUGGCAUUUUGCAACAAGCUUUGUGGCUUAAUUCGGCAAGGCGUUUCAAAUUCAUUGACUACACCAGCUCCCAUGACACAUAUGCUCAAUGCUUCCCGCUAUAUGUCAUCAUCAAAACUUUUUGUUGGUGGUCUCUCUUAUGGCACGGAUGACAUGUCACUUAAGGAGGCAUUCAACUGCUUUGGGACAGUUGUUGAAGCAAAGGUCAUCACUGAUAGAGAUUCUGGAAGGUCCAAAGGCUUUGGUUUUGUAAGCUUUGAAGAUUCUGAGUCUGCUAAAAGUGCUGUUUCAAGCAUGGAUGGCCAGGAGCUGCAUGGUCGAAACAUUCGUGUGAGCUUUGCAAACGAUAGACCUUCUGGCGGGUUUCGCGGGGGCUAUGGCGGCGGGGCAGGUGGAUUUGGUGGCUCAGGUGGUUAUCAAUAAGAAGUUGGUUCUAGGAUUGGCAAGCCAGCCAAGAUGGAUGGCGAUGGAAGUUCAGGUAGCAAAAUCUUGUUCUAGUUUUCAUCAACAUUUCUGUUCGUGUAUCAGUUUUAUUUCUCUUAUCUGCAAACUUCUCUCUAUUAUUUCUCCUAAGUCAGCUUUUCUUUUUCUGGAUUAAAAUUGAGCGUAAAAAUCGUAUCUUAGCUAACAUUACAAUGUUGUAAUCGUCUUUUUAGUCCGUUGUGGUUAUGAUUGUAAGUGUGGUGUUAAAAAUUAUCAUUAUAUAUGAAUGUUCUUUGUACUGCAUAACCAGUCUUGUAUAAUUUUUUAUAUUUGCAAGUUUUGGAAAACAAAA